UAGGCCUUUACCUUCAUCUCACCAUCGUCUAGUCUCGUUCUCGUCACCUCCAAGGAAAGGGCUGACAUUCGAAUUUCGAAACUCCUACGCGUCCAGAGACCCUUCUGCCGGAAGUCCGCCUCCGGCAGGGAGAGAGAGGGCGCCUCUUCCGAUUCCUACCCGGUCCAUUCCAUGAUUGCCCUCUCCCUCUCCUCCUCCUCCGCCGCCACGUCUACCUCCCCCAUCGCUCGUGUUGCAAUCUUCUCUUCCAAUUCUUCAACGCCUCCGCAUUGUCGUAUGUUUACCCGAUUCUCCAUUUCCCUGUCGCCGUUCCCCUCUGAUGCGAUUAUUGCGGCUACGCAAUCGGGUCGCUUCUAAGUCUGUUGACAGCGAUACUACCCACAACGGAAUGGAUCCCGUCAAGUUCCAACAGCGAGUGGGACCAGCUGCGUCUCGAUCCGCCCCCAACUUCGCCUAUUACCCGAUUUCGCGACCCUCCAAGCGAUCCAAGUCCAAUCUCAUCGUUUUCGGGUUUGUCCUCACCCUGAUCGCUUUAAUCUCGUGUUAUUACCUGUUCCGCACCGGUAAAGUUGUGGAUUGGAAUAAGAAGUACGGGAUUGUUAUCGACGGCGGCAGCACCGGGACGCGGCUCCACGUGUUCGCUUACAGGGUUCAGGGCGGGAAGACGGUGUUCGAUUUUGGGGAGGAGGCGGCGAUGAGGGUUAGCCCCGGAUUGUCGGCGUAUGCCGAGGAUCCGGAAUCCGCUGGUUCAUCUCUUAAUGAGCUGCUUGAGUUUGGGAAGGAGAGAGUGCCGAGGGGGCUAUGGGGUGAUACAAAAAUUCGGUUGAUGGCUACUGCUGGGAUGAGGUUGCUGGACUUUGAUGUGCAACACAGGAUUCUAGAAUCGUGUAGAAGGGUUCUGAGGCAGUCUAGGUUCGUGUUUAAGGAUGAAUGGGCUUCUGUUAUUAAUGGUUCUGAUGAGGGUGUUUAUGCUUGGAUUGUUGCCAACUACGCUUCCGGUACUCUUGGAGCCGACCCUCUCAAGACAACUGGUAUAAUUGAGCUUGGUGGAGCUUCUGCUCAGUGGUAGGUAUAGAGUUGACAGUAUGCUUUGCAAUUCUAAUGCUUUGGAGAGGAAAUAUGAAGUGAUGUGUGGAAUUGGUGGAUAUUUUGGUGGUACAGAUAACUUUUGUUUCAAAUGAGCCAUUGCCUCCUGAGUUCUCCCGGACUGUCAAGUUUGGGAAUGUAAUAUAUAACAUCUACAGCCACAGCUUUCUUCAGUUUGGUCAGAAUGCUGCAUUUGAUGCAUUGAGGGAAUUGCUAGUGUCACCAGACCAUCAAUCAUCUGCUGAGUUGGUUGAAAAGGGAGGAGUAAAAUUGGAUCCUUGUACUCCCAUGGGGUAUUCACAUGCUAUGGCUGCGGAAAGUUCCUCAUCAGGUUCUUUCAUUGAAGAGAAGGAUAGUCUUCUGUCAAACCUUCAGCCUGGGGGUAACUUUUCUGAGUGCAGAUCUGCUGCAUUAACACUUUUACAGAAAGGAAAAGAUAAAUGUGCCUACCAACACUGCUCUAUAGGACCAACAUUCAUACCGAAGCUUCAGGGGAAGUUUUUGGCAACGGAGAAUUUCUUCUAUACAUCUAAGUUCUUUGGGUUGAGUCCAAAAGCUUUUCUCUCUGAUCUUAUGGGAGCUGGAAAACAAUUUUGUAAGGAGGAUUGGUCAAGUUUGAGAAGGAAGCAUAGAUCAUUAUCUCUCAAAGAUGAUGAUCUUAUGCGCUAUUGCUUCUCUUCUGCGUAUAUUGUUGCCCUACUUCACGACAGCCUUGGCAUAUCUUUGGAUGAUGAACGGAUUGGGUACGGCAAUCAUGUUGGGAAUAUCCCUCUUGAUUGGGCACUCGGAGCUUUCAUCUUGCUGACCAGUUCUUCACAGGAUAUGCAACACCCUAGCUGGAUCUCCACUGUUAUCGGUGAUGAUUCACCCACAUUAUUAUGGUUAGUUGCCAUUGCCGCAUUGUUCAUGUUUGCAGUGUGGUCAGUGUCGAAAUGGAGGAAGCCUCAAUUAAAGACGAUUUAUGAUCUAGAGAAAGGACGAUAUAUAGUUACACGUGUGCGAAGAAGUUGAUAGCAUUUUUCAGAUGUGAUACCUGCAUUAUUAUUCUUAAACCUACACAGAUCAAAGGGGGAGGUGUCUAUCAUAUAGCUGUUUUGGAGAUCCAUUGCUUCCCUUGAGUUAGGUGAGAAGGUCAGAUAGACAAAGCAUUCAUAUGAUUCUUCCAUUCGGAGAGUGCUAGGUGAAGAAGAUAGUGUAACUAGUGAAACUGUGAUAGGAGGAAUAGUGGCCUUCCCAUUUUGUAUUCUGGAAAAGAUGAGAAGCAUGUGCUAACUCUGAAUACGGAAGGGCGGAGAACACUAAAGAGUUUCUUCCUUAUUCUCCCCUGUGACUGCAAAUUGCUCAGUGUGCAAAGAGCAAUGGUAGAAAUACGCAGAUUUAGAAUGAGAGAAGAGGUAUGGCAGUUGUCUUGUACACUUGAUUGUUUGUGAAAUAUGAUUUGAAGUAAAAAUGUGAUACAGUGCCUGCGUAGAUGUUAUUGCUUCUUGUAAAUGAAUUUUGGACUCAAUCUGGGCUCAAGGUAGAGAAAGAACUGUAGGGGUCGUUUGGAAGUUGGAAUUUCAUAUGAUGUAUUUAACCAAUAUAUUUACAGAAGAAUACUUCAUAUAUUUUUUUUGUCUUAAACCAAAACAGAAUACUUG